AUGGCGGUGAACCAGAGCCACACCGAGAGCCGCCGCGGGGCCGUCAUCCCUUUUGGCGAAAGUGUCUUGCAGCAGUGUCAGGAUGUGGACCUCUCCUUCCCACAGCAACCAGGGGGAUCCAAUCUCUUUAGUGGUACAAAGAGGGGAACAUUAUUUCUCACUUCAUACCGGGUGAUCUUCGUGACUUCACACUCAGUCAGUGAUCCCAUGUUUUCUUUUAUGAUGCCAUUCGAUCUGAUGAGUAACUGUACCGUUGAACAGCCAGUCUUUGCUGCCAACUACAUUAAAGGGAUCAUUCGGGCAGCUCCAGAUGGUGGCUGGGAAGGACAGGCUACUUUUAAGUUAAGCUUCAGAAAAGGAGGUGCUAUCCAGUUUGCCCAGUUGAUGAUGAAAGCUGCCUCUGCUGCUGCCAGAGGAGUUCCACUUACAAGUAUAAAUUACUGGUUCGGUGCUCCAGGACUGUAUGUAGUCACCGGGCAGGGAAGCAUGGUGUGCACCCAACGGAUGCCUUGUCCAGCAUACCCAGUUGUUGUCUAUGGACCCCCACCAGAGGGAUAUAGAGCCCCCCUGGAGGGAUAUGGAGCCCCGCCUCCUGGAUACGGAGCCCCGCCUGCAGGAUAUGGAGCCCCACCUGUGGGAUAUGGAGCCUCACCAGUAGGAUACGUAGCCCCACCUGCAGGAUAUGGAGCCCCACCAGUGGAAUAUGGAGCCCCAUCUGCAGGAUAUGGAGCCCUACCUAGUGGAAAUGAAGCCCCACCUCCAAGAGAUGAAACUGCACCUGCUGGAAAUAGAGCUGAAUCUCACAAAUCUGUGGCAGCUCAGCCUGCUGGGUCUUCGGCUUCUCUUCCCUCUGCCUCAUCUUCUCAGGCUCAUUUACUACCUUCUAAGAAGUAA